AGUAAAAAUAUAAUUUUACAUCUACCUAAUUUAGAAUAAUGUAUUAAACUACCUAUCGAUUAUCGUAAAACUCGAUUGUUUUUAUUAAACGUUAACUAUGUUGUAAUAUCUGUGAACAAUCGAAUUAUUAUUGUUCUGUACUCAAAUAAAUGACUAUUACAUUUACAAUCCUAUCACAGUGCGCGGCCAGUAUCAGCGACAACACUACACCAUAAUAUCAGAACAAUAACAAUAACAGUGGCCUUAAAUCACUGCGAAGGCGACUUGGGUCGCAAUAGGACUUUUACACUUACAGCUUACUCUACUUAAAAUGGUCUCAGGACGACAAGAAGUGAUCAACUUGUACAAGACCCUAUUAUAUAUGGGACGAGACUAUCCUCAGGGUUAUGACUUUUUCCGUUCACGGUUGAAAAAAGCUUUCCAACGUAACAGCGACAUCAGUGAUCCCGAACAAAUAAAGAUGCUAGUCAAACGUGGCGAGUUUGUUGUCAAAGAGAUCGAAGCUCUCUACAUGCUCAAAAAAUAUAGAACAUUAAAAGAUAGAUAUUCUACAGAGAAAAAUGAAUAGUCAAUCGAUCUAUUUUUUAGUUUUUUUAUGUAUAUUAUAAUAUUAUAAAAAUUUCAUUGUGUACAGUUUUUUUUUUAUACAUAUAUAUGUAGUUUAAGCUUACAAACAAAAUAAUAAUAAAAAAUAAAAAUAUAUUGGUA